CCAGGCCCCCAGCCCCGCCCCAAAGUUUGAGGGGUGUGAAUGGUUUGUGACCCCCCUCACCGGACUCUACCCCUUGUGGGCUGGGAGAAUUGAGCUUGGCGGCCAGGAACUAGGUAGCCUUUCGCCUCGGGUGGGCCCACCAACUCCUCUCCAGCGUCGCGGGAAUAGGGCCGCCCCACGCGGAGUCUUCGCCUCAGAAAAGGCACGGUCGGGACCCCUCCUCACCGCGCGGUCAGGGUCGCCUACAGACUGAGGAGACCCCCAAAGGCCUCUGAGGCGGGAGACGUGGGGUCCUCCCCAUCCCAAGAAAGUGCCCUGUGUCUGUGCCAGUCGUUUUCGCCUCUGCCGCAGUUUCCUUUUCUGUAAAUCAGGAUUGGUGACAUUAACCAUCUUACCGUUAGGGGCUAGUUGUGGGAGCGAUAAGUAAUUGCUGCCAUUUAUUUACUGAACCAUUGCAAUGUGCCAGACACUGUGCUAAGUAUUUUGCUUCGUUGAUUUCCCGUCACCGUCAAAACACCUUAUGAGGUAGGUAAUAUUUUUAACCCCAUUUUACCGAUGAGAAAGCCGAGGCUCUGAGAAAGUUGUCCGAGAUUAGAGAGCCAGUAAGAGGCAAGGCCAGGAUUAUAAUUAGGUUUUUUUGUUUUUGUUUUGUUUUGUUUUGUUUUACUCCAGGGCCCAUGUUCUAAAUAAGGAUGUGGAAGCUAUUCAGAUGUUGCUAUGUACUACAGAUAUUCUUUGAGCGGCUACCAUGGCAUUAUGCUGGGCACUGGGGUACAUAGAAAAAUACAUGUGAUCCUAUAUUUCAGAAGUCUAGUAGAGAAAAAGAUGGACUGGUAGAGGAGUAUAAUGAAGUUUUAUAGGUAUUGUGAGAAUACUCUGUUGAUGCUAAUCAUCAGAUUGGAUUUGCCUGGGGACAGUUGUGAAAGCCACACAUUCUGUGAGGGAAAGAGUAGGUACUCUAAAGGAGCAAGCCACUGUCCUUCUGCCUUUCUAAGAAAUCGCCAGGGGAGAAACUACACCAUGCAUGAAGAGAGAUAGGGAUAUGGAUUGUGAGAGCUAUUUUGGAAUCUUUUCCAAAUCCUUUCCAGUUAGUGGUUUUGCAGUUUUGAGCCUCUGGUGGUGUUUCUGGUGUCUGUCCUCCUUCGCUUCCUAGGACUUGUCAGAAGGAUUUCAGAGGUGGCAGACACGGUGCCUGCUGCAUGAUGUCUGCUGAUGGCUCCUGCAGAUGUGUCCCCUUUGGGGUGGUCUGACCAUGCUUCUGAUGAAAAAUUAAUUUUUUGGUUCUUGACAUCUGAACCUGAGUACGUGACCACGAAUGAGGUAGGGUUCAAAUGGAAAAAUCUGGCAAGAGUGGCUGCACUAUGCCUCCAGAAGACCCUAAAAUAAAAUAUUUCAGGCUUUUUUGGUCUCUCAGAAGCCACCUUGGAGGCUUCUCAGGGGGGCAUAGUUGCUAGACCAAGUGAUAGAAAUCCUAGAGAAACUCAGGGCAUAAGGAAGCAAACGUUUUUUCCCCACCUACCAAAAAAGCAACAGCCAGUGACAGCAGCAGUCACCACAACAAAGCCAUGAAAUGUUCCUGAUGAUCCACGCUCAUUGGGAGCUCGAAAUGUGAGAGAGGAAAGAUGUGGAACCUGAAAGCUAGUGUUUCACAAUAGAGGCAGAGGGGCUGAGUCAGUUAGGACCUGAAGAAACUAGGAACCUGGUUGCAACCCCACAUGCCUUGCUGAUGCUAUCCCCCUUUGUUCCUGCAGUGUCGACCCAGUCAGCAGCCAGGCCAUGGAGUUCUCUGAUGUCACCCUCAUUGAGGGUGUGGGUAAUGAGGUGACUGUGGUGGCAGGUGUGGUGGUGCUGAUUCUAGCCUUGGUCCUAGCUUGGCUCUCUACCUACGUAGCAGACAGCGGUAGCAACCAGCUCCUGGGCACCAUUGUGUCAGCUGGAGACACAUCCGUCCUCCACCUGGGGCAUGUGGACCAUCUAGUGGCAGGCCAAGGCACCCCAGAGCCAACCGAACUCCCCCAUCCAUCAGAGGGUAAUGAUGAGAAGGCUGAAGAGGCUGGCGAAAGUGGGGGAGACUCCACAGGGGAGCCUGGAGCUGGGGGCGGUGUUGAGCCAAGCCUCGAGCAUCUGCUUGACAUCCAAGGCCUUCCCAAAAGACAUGCGGGCCCGGAAAGCAGCAGUCCAGAGGCUCCUCUGAGAUCUGAGGAUAGCGGCUGCCUCCCUCCCAGCCCUGGCCUCAUCAGUGUGCGGCUCAAAUUCCUCAAUGACACCGAGGAGCUGGCUGUAGCCAGGCCGGAGGAUACUGUGGGUGCCCUGAAGAGUAAAUACUUCCCUGGACAGGAGAGCCAGAUGAAACUCAUCUACCAGGGCCGUCUGCUGCAGGACCCAGCCCGCACACUGCGUUCCCUGAACAUUACCGACAACUGUGUGAUUCACUGCCACCGCUCACCCCCAGGGUCAGCUGUUCCAGGCCCUUCAGCCUCCCUGGCCCCCUCCUCGGCCACUGAACCCCCCAGCCUCGGCGUCAGUGUGGGCAGCCUCAUGGUGCCUGUGUUUGUGGUGCUGUUGGGUGUGGUCUGGUACUUCCGUAUCAAUUACCGCCAGUUCUUCACAGCACCUGCCACUGUCUCCCUGGUGGGGGUCACUGUCUUCUUCAGCUUCCUAGUAUUUGGGAUGUAUGGACGAUAAGGACAUAGGGAGAAAAUGAAAGGCAUGGUCUUCCUCCUUUAUGGCCUCCCCCCUUUCCUGGCCAGAGCUGGGCCCAAGGGCUUGGGAGGGAGGGGUGGAAAGGAUGUGGCAGGUCCUCCUCCGUAGGACAUAGGAGGCAGGUAAAGGGCCUCCCCUUCACGUCCACAAGGGUACAGACAGCCCAUCUCUGUGCAAGCACAACUCAGGUAGAAACAAGGAUGUCAUCUUCCUUCACUUGUAGGGUCCUGAAGUUCAGAGCUGAGCUGAUGGCCCAGCUCAGUGGGGAGCCUGGGCUCCGAGGAUUCCCUCCCCGCUGUGGCCCUAGCUCUUCCCAUUGUCCUGCAUGUCUGCUCCUCAGUACCCAGGGCCGCCUGCCAGGGCAGCUCAGCAUGGCCCCAGCAUACUUCUGUAGGGAGCCUGGAGUAUUUUUCUGUUUCUUAAGGGAAUAUCCGUCUUUUGAGACUGAAGUCACACAGCAGGAAUGAAGGUCGUGUCCGCUUCCCUUACAGGCACCUAGCCGCCUCUUACCUUCUCCCUCCGCCCCUGUAGCAGGAAUAGGAUGUUCUCUGUGUUCUGGAUAGUUUCCAGUGUUCUUCCCUUUUUUUCAAAGCACUUUGCUUGUAUUUUUUUUUUUUUUUUUUUUUUUAAGUAGUCCUUUAUAGAGCUCAGUCAGAAAGGGGAUUGGGGCACAAAGCCAAGCCCCCAGCAUUGGGAGAGGCCAAGCCACAGCUGCUGCUACCCUAGGCCUAAGGCUGUAAGCAAGAGACAGCUCUGGCCCUCAGCCAGAGUCCUACCCUGCCCAGCUCCAAGGACGAGCUUUGGGUACGGAGCCCUGGGUCCCAGGCCCUUGCUUCUGGGCUUCUCAGAUGGAGGGUCAGUGUCUGUGACUAAAUAAAGUUCCGUUUUAUGGC